AAUACCAAAAUUCUUACCAAUCACACCCAUAGCCGUAGCGUUGGCACACUGACUUCCCGGAGAACCGAAGCUGAGAGAAGAGGAGGCGAUUCUGAUUUGAUUCAAGGGCAGGCAGAGAUGGGCGGAGGAAUGGAGGCCAAUAAAAAUCGUUUUGUGGAGGAUUGGGCUACUGCAAGGGAGAAUCUCGAGUACAACUUCCGCUGGACCCGCCGCAACCUUGCCCUCGUCGGUAUCUUCGCCGUCGCCGUCCCCGUCCUCGUCUACAAAGGCAUCAUCAAAGAAUUUCAUAUGCAAGACGAGGAUGCAGGAAGACCCUAUAGGAAGUUCUGGUUGUCGAAAUGAAAAGUAAGGAAUCAUCAUCCAUUUAUCCAUCUAAUAAAUGUGGCUCAACUUGAAGACAUGUACUCUUCAGACCCAUUCGGUAUCAUUUUCCAAAAUUUCAAUCGUUUUUAACAUUAUUAUCGACUUGUUUGGGUGAUCUUGUAUUAGAUAAUUAAACUGACUGUUGUUUUCAAAGCAUCUCCGUUGUAUUAGACAAUCUCCAACCACAUAUUAACACUGUGGGUUUGUUUGCUUAGUAUUUUUGAAUGAAUUUGGUUUUUCAUUUUUUU